GUACAGUGCAGCCCCUGUCCCCUGCCCCUGCAGGACCUUUUCCUCAAAGUGGUUCGUGGAGAUGUCACCCCCCAUGGCCUGGUGCGGAUGAGCUCAAUCCAGCUGGCUCCCCAAGAGCUGGCCCGCUGGCGGGACCAGAAGGAGAAAAGGAGCCUGGAGAUCAUUGAGCAGCAGCAGCAGGAGCCCUGCAGACUCCCAGCCACCAAACUGACCCACAAGGGCGAGCUAGAGAUCCCACGGGACAUCGAUCAGAUGCUGACCCUGGAGGAUCUGGUGGGACCCAUGGUGCCCGUAGACUGCAGCCCACUGGCCCUGCCUGAAACGUCGAGGGACACCACAGAGCAGCACAAACACCACUUCCUAGACCCUAACUGUCGAAUCUGCAGCGGGUGGGAGCCCUCAUGUGAGCUGCCAGACUACUUUGAAGCCACCAGGAGGAGAGGGGACAAUAUCUUCCAGAGAGUCCCAAGCCCAGCCCCUUUGUCCUCUCCAGAGAUGCCCCAACCCAGGGAGAAGCCUCCCACAGAUACCCAGGACAGGUGUGGGGCCAGGGGCAAGGAAGUGGGCAAUGGGGGUGGGGCACCAGCUGCUGUAGCAGACACAGCAGGGGCUUGUCGUGCUGUGUGGCCUUGGGCAUGUCCAAUUGCCUGUGUGGGCCUCAGCUUCUCUAUCUGUGCAAUGGAGCGAAUCAUCCCAGCCUCCUACCCUCUUGCACGAGGCUAUUCUUGGACCAAUGUGUUGGUUCAGCCAGCACUUUGUUCUAGCCCCCCACCUCAGGGAUCUAGGCCUUGGCCUAGAAAGAAAGGGAGCAAAAGACAGGGCAGAGACUCUGGGGGAAGUCCUGGUAACCCGUUCUCCCUGGCCCUGUCUCUCUGUCCCUCUGUCCCUGUCUCCAGGCCCCAUAUACCUGCUGGGCCCACAAAGGCCCCACCCAGCCAGCCACCCUGGGAGGGGUCUCUGGACAUGUUCUCCAUCAAGCGGUUCCGGGCCAAGGCCCAGCUGGUCUCGGGGCACAGUUGUCGGCUCAUUCAGACCCUGCCCGACGUGAUCCGUUCAGCGGGCUGCAUUGCCCCCAACACUGUCUGGGACCUGCUGGCCAGCAUCUGCCCGGCCGAGGCCAAGGACGUCAGCGUGGUCAGACUGUGCCCACGUGGGGCUCGGGAUACCCAGAACUGCCGCCUGCUCUACUCCUACCUCAACAACAAGCAGCGCCAUUGCCUGGCAGCUGUGGACCACAUGGGGGUGGUCCUGCUGCCCCUGCCUGCCUUCCAGCCCCUGCCCUCCAGAUUGCGCCCUCUUGGAGGCCCAGGCCUGGAAGCCACUCAUUCAAGCCUGCUGCUGGCUGUGCUGCUUCCCAAGGCAGGGUUGCCAGACACAGCAGGUUCCAACCCCUUGAGGGGGAAGGUUCGCAAGACAAUCUCCUUCAACAAGAAAGUGGAGACAAGAUGCUAUCAGCCAGAGGAUGGGAAGGAGAGUGUGGCCCUGAAAGGCUCCCCUCCCCCCAGGGGUGCCCUGCAGCAGAGCCGGGGCAAUGGCAGCCUGGCUCCAAGGGGGAUUUGUGCUUGGCCAAGGCCCUCCAGAGGCAGGGGGAGAUUGUGGGGAGAGUCUGAGGCCUCACAGGGUCCUGGGCUAGGGCAUUGGACUCCAGGGUCAGGUGGGUGCCAUUCCUGGGACCCCUUUCCAGCAGCACCAGCUGGCCACUACUUUAGCAGUGGCCAGCACCUCCACAGGGCCUCCUGUCCCCACCAAGCCCUGCUCCAGCACCUUGAAUCCCUGGUGACCAUGAGCCACCAGCUCCAAGCCUCACUGGGCCCCCAGGCCAGGAGCUCCUGCCCCCAACCUCUGCAGCAUCUGCCCAGUCCCCCUGCAGCUCCAGAACCCCCUGGCCCAGCCCCUGACUCCUCCUUGGGACCCACAGAUGGGGCUGGCCCUGAGCACCCCCUUCCCAGAGAGGUCUGACCAUCCAUCACCCACCAGAAGAGGGGUGUCUCGAUCUCUUUAUGGGAGUUGUUCCAAGGAGAGAGGCAGGGGUGGAGGAA